AUGUCGAACCUAUUCCAGACAAAAUCACGCCUCGCAACCACUGUCUCCAUCCUCGCCCUGGGCGGCACAAUAGCACUCUACCUCAGCAAGCAGCAUCUCGACCGCUUAUGUCCCCGUGUGCCAGUCACCAAACUACCAAAGUCAAGCGCAUGUCGGAAUCUCAUUGAGUCGGACGAACCGGCACCAGCAUCUCCAUGGGGAACGGGAAAGUCGGUUGUCCUGUCGUCGUGGCCGGGCGCGAGCGCAAGUGGGUCUGCCCAUGGGGACGGAAACACCUCCAGCAAAAGCAAAACGCACUGGGUGACUUCAUUUGUGGCGCUGCAGGUUGAUGUUCCGGUUGAGCAGCUUGAGAGGUAUGGGUUCUGUACCAAAGGAGAAGAUGGGCAGGGCAGGGGAGCAAACGAAGAUGACGAUGCUUAUGGUCUGUCGCGGAAUCUUCUCGGUGCAUUCUUGGAUGCUCGAGCCAAGGGGGUGGAGGCGUUCUUUCUAGAUAGGAAUGUGCCGCCACUGUCCUUUACGCCCGGCAGCUUGCUCUUCGGACGGGGGAGUAGUAUGGGUGCGUUCACGCUGGGGAGCUGGAGCUCGUCGCGGAAACUACCUCUGCAGCCACCAAUCUUGCCCGCCGAAACAGCUCAUCCAGUCUCUGAGUUCCUUUCCAACGAAGAAGCUUUAUCGGUCAAUGAAGAGUGGGUAACGGACGCGGGCGGAACACUGCUCUAUUGGAGAUUUCCGCACAGUCUGGUGAACGCCGUCAACAAAGCCGCUUCAUACGGCCUGCCCUGGCGAUUAAUGGAUGGUGGAUUCCAGGAGUUUAUCGUAGAACGGAUAUCGGAUGAGACGGCUAGGAUCACGUAUGUCACUGUUGAGUGUGGUGAUAUGUAUCCUGGAGGCCAAACGAAAAGAGAUUGGAAGAAAUUGCCGUGGCUCGUGUAUGAGCUUCAUGUUGUCUAUGCACAGGUUUUGUUGUGGAAGACUUUGAGAACGCUGGAGCAGAACCAAUGA